CACCAACUGAUUCCUCAAGGGGAAUUUCCAUGUGUAUCGUCUUGCCAACUAGAAAUGUCAUUGAGUAUCAUUAGUAAUUGAUCCAUGAUUCUGUUUUGUUGAUCACUGAAAGGACGGUGCAUUUGUAGAUAGCUGCUGAUUAACUUUACUUGCUUCUGUUAUCUUUGUACUGCAUAAAUAUGUCUUCCUGCUUUAUGUUGGCUUUUCUUUGUCACAGUAGGUUAAGGGAAUGCAUCUGAUGAGUCUGGUAAUUGGGUCUGACAUUCAUAUGUACUAGUAACUAAAGUGUUACCUCUAGAUAUUUGUCUAUUUGUUACGAAUAAGUCCACAAGACUGCAGUUGUUCCCAAUGUCAAUUUCCAUGGUGUAGUUCCAUGGAGAAUGCUCUCAAAGAGAUGAUGCAACAGAUGAGCUCAAUGAAGAAUGCUGUUCCGAAACUGCUGAGUUGAGGUGCCAAACCUUCUCGUCGAUGUGAACUCUUGGGGAAGAUCAGUCUGCUAUCCCUAAAGUAACAUUUAUCUGCUGAGCGAUGGCCCUUUUACUCAGCACCGGCGGAUCAAUGGGACAUGCUUUUGAGGAACCUAUUAUAAUGGGAAAGCCUGAUAAUUCAUCAAGUUGACUUUCAAUCUGAGUACACUGCACAUCAAAUGACAACAUUAAAUCAUAGUCUUCCCCAUAUACACUACCAAUUGCAAAAGCAAAAUACUACCCAUAAAAACAAGAUACAAAACCAUGCUACCAGAUUACAGCAAAGUUAGCCAACAAGAACUCACCAAUUUCUCCACAAACACUUAACAUCAGCAGUAACUGUCUCAUUUCCAUCCAGAACCAUAGCUUCUAGAGAGACUUUUACAGGGAAAGAAAAACAACUGCAUCAAGAUCACGGCAAGCUUGAGAGGGAAACAGUGGAGCUCAUGAAUGAUCAAUCUCCCCACCUUGAAUGUACUAAUGCUAAAACUACGAGAAAGAAUGAUGUGAGAAACUUCUGGCUUCACAUUCCAACCAAACUGUCCGAAAAUGUAUUUACCGGACAGAAACUAGAAGGAAAAGGGGGUGCUCGCAUUUCUGUUGCCUUGAUUGAUGCAGAUACAGGGGAAGUUGUUAAAUCAGGCCCGGAAUCCUCCAUUAAGUUGGACAUCGUUGUGCUUAAAAGUGACUUCAACAAAGAUGAUAAGGACAACUGGGAUCAAGAAGAUUUUGAGAACUUCAUGGUUAAAGAACGCGAAGGAAAGGGGCCGCUUUUGACAGGAGUUCGCCUGGUGACGCUCAAGGGAGGUGUUGGGGAGCUGGGAGAACUGAUAUUUAUGGACAAUUCCAGUUGGGACAGGAAUAAACAAUUUAGGAUAGGGCUUAAGGUGGCAUCAGGUUAUUGUGGGAAUACACGAAUCCGGGAAGCAAAAACAGAUGCCUUUCGUGUCAAGGAACAUAGAGGAGAAUCAAACAAGAAACAUCAUCCACCUGCACUUCAUGAUGAGAUCUGGAGGCUGGAGAAGAUUGCCAAAGAUGGGAAAUCUCACCAAAAAUUGAAUAAAGCCGGAAUAUAUACAGUGGGAGACUUUCUACAGCACCGGUCUACAGACUUCAAGAAGCCGAGAGAGGUACUUGGAAAGAGCAUGACCCCGAAGAACUGGGAACACCUCAUAGCUCAUGCAAUGGAGUGCCAAGACUUGAAAACUCAUUCGGAGAAUCCUAAUGUCAAGAGGGAGGAUGCUGCUGAAUUCAGCACUGAUCAUCAACCAACCGACCUAAUCAAUGAUGUGGUAUAUUCUGCUACUGAUCGACUUUCUGCCCGAGAGAAGAACCAUGAAGAUACAAUUGGGAAAGCCUCAAGCUCUUUUCCAUCUCAAGUCUCUGAACGACAAACUGAAAUUCCCGCCUCUGUUCAACAUAAUAUGGCUCCAAGUACCUGUGCUCCUCCAGUUGGUCCGGAAGCUCCUCCAGCGAAUGCAGGCUCCACUGCUGAAGUCCAAUCCCAAAAUGCCUAUUUUGGAAAUCCCAUGGAGCUUUCAACAAAUGAACUUGCUCGUCCCGCUUCACAUCAGCCUACAUAUGCAAACAACUGGAAUAAUCUAAUUCCUUCAGGAGAUAAUGGUAUUACUACUGGCGAAUUGCCAAUACAGUCCCAUGAUGUCAAUUCCCAAUCAGUCAUGCCUAGCCAUGUGAUCGAUUCUUCGAGGCAAAUGGACUGUGCAGUAAAUGACCACGUUCUCCCCUCUGGACAAACCUAUGCCUCAAUGUCAGAUGGACAUAAUGGUGUGAUUGCUUUACCAUUGCCAGUACAGUCCCAGAAUACCUAUUUUGGAAAUCCCAUGAAAUUUUCAGCUAAUGAACUUGCUCGUCCUGCUUCACAUCAGCCCACAUAUGCAAACAACUGGAGUGGUCUGAUUCCUCCGGGAGAUAAUGGUAUUGCUAUCGGUGGAUUGCCAACACAGUCCCAUGAUGCCAAUUCCCAAUCUGUCAUGCCUAGCCAUGUGAUUGAUUCUUCGAGGCAAAUGGACUCUACCGUAAAUGAACAUGUUCUCCCCUCUAGACCAACCUGUGCCUCAAUAUCAGAUGGACAUAAUGAUGUAACAGCUUUGCCAUUACCAGUACAGUCCCAAAAUACCUAUUUUGGAAAUCCCAUGAAGUUUUCAGCUGAUGAACUUGCUCGUCCCGCUUCACAUCAACCCACAUAUGCAAACAACUGGAAUGGCCUAAUUCCUCCAGGAGAUAAUGGUACUACUAAUGGCAGAUUGCCAACACAGUCCCAUAAUGUCAAUUCCCAAUCUGCCAUGCCUAGCCUUGUGAUCGAUUCUUCGAGGCAAAUGGACUGUACAGUAAAUGACCAUGUUCUCCCCUCUGGACUAACCUGUGCCUCAAUAUCAUGUGGACAUAAUGGUGUAGCUGCUUUACCAUUGCCAGUACAAUCUCAAAAUACCUAUUUUGGAAAUCCCAUGAAGUUUUCAGCUAAUGAACUUGCUCGUCCCUCUUCACAUCAGCUCACAUAUGCAAACAAUUGGAAUGGUCUCACUUCUCCAGGAGAUAAUGGUAUUACUACCGGCGGAUUGCCAACACAGUCUCAUGAUGUCAAUUCCCAAUCUGCCACGCCUAGCCAUGUGAUCAGUUCUUCGAGGCGAAUGGACUCUACAGUAAAUGAGCAUGUUCUCUUCUCUAGACCAUCCCAUGCCUCAAUAUCAUAUGGACAUAAUCAUGUAACUGCCUUGCCAUUGAAAGUACAGUCCCAAAAUACCUCUUUUGGAAAUCCCAUGAACUUUUUAGCCAAUGAACUUGCUUGUCCUGCUUCACAUCAGCCCAUACCUGCAAACAACUGGAAUGGUCUAAUUUCUCCGGGAGAUAAUGGUAUUAUUAUUGGUGGAUCGUCAACAGAGUCCCAUGAUAUAAGUUCACAGGAUGCGUUGCGUAACCAAAUGUUCAGUCCAUGGAGGAAAAUGGACGCUGCAGUGAAUGAGCUUAUUCUGCCCUCUGAACCACCCUGUGAUCCUCAACCUGAAGGUGAUCACGAAAGUGAUCACGAGAUGGAAAAUUUGCAAUUCAAUGUUGCAGAUAAUAUGACGAAAUACUCGGGCCUACCAGAUGUUGACAUGUCCUUUCACACCCCGCCAUGGAAAGAUGGCUCUGUUUAGGCACCAGCAAAGGUGUUAAUGGCCGACUCAAGAUAAAGGCAGUGAUGCAGUGGGGUUUCUUCAUCAGGAAGAACGCAUGGCAUUAUUAAAUUACUAGAUUAUGUCCAUCGACUGCUAUGUACUAGGUCUUGUCUGUUUGCUGCUAUCCCUAGGCA